UGUUGUAUGACUAUAUUCCAUUUUGUAGUGUCAGAUGAUGAGGAUAUCUCUGUACCUGCUCCCCCUCCCCCAAGGAGACAGGGAAAGGAUGCAUAUAAAGAGAGACCUCCAGCCCCUCUACCUGAGGAGGAGAACAAACCGUCAGUCCCUCCCCGACGUCAGGCAGACACGUCCCAACCAGUGAGAGAAAAUGAACAAAGAGAAAGGGGCAAACGAAAAGAAUCCAUGGACGCGGCAGCUAAAGUACAUAAAGAGUUAACAGAGACACUUUCAAACAGUCACUCUAAAGGAAGGCGAAAAGGAUCAAAAGAUAAAGAAAACACUCCAGUUUCUGACAGAAGGAUCGCCGAAAUCAAAGCUGCAGACGAGGAGGAAGAUGAAGAUGAAGAUAGCGAGGACUAUUGGAGUAAUAUUUACUACGAAGGUGAUGAUAAGGAAAGGGCACAAGAAAUAAUAAGGAAUAUUGGUGAGGAUGGCGUGUAUCUAGUUCGCACAGGUGCAGAUGGCGGACAGGUUUUGGUUGUAUUUGCAGAAAACAUGCCAAAGAAAUAUAAAAUUACCAACGAGAACGGUGAAUUUUAUCUCAAGAAGGAGGGUCCCCAUUGUGAUUCAGUGGAAAUGUUAAUGUACACCUAUUACUCAACAGAGCUUCCUACAGCAAAAUCUUGUCUAGAAACACCUUACAAGCUCCAUUCUAAAUAUAAAGGGUAGCAGCCCUCUUUAAGAUUAGCAGUAUUUAUAAUAUUCUGUUGUACA